AUGGAGCGCAUGCUCUUUCUAUCCCCUCCAUCACUCGCCGCUCAUCCAGAGAAGCUGAGUACGAUACUUAGCGCUCAUGCACAAUAUUCUACAGAACUCCAGAUGCUCGAUCGCUUAGCGGCCGGCCUUGUGUCGCUUCCUGAAUCCACCUAUGAUAUUGUCAUGUUCUUAAUAGAUGCCGACUGUUUGAAAACAGGAUCGACCCCGCGGAUGAGCCGCGGGGUGAUAGAAUCAAUUGUUCGCGCGCUCCGCCCCGGGGGGAAAUUGAAAAGUGAGCAUGGACUAUUUGCAUCUCCUGAUUACCCGGACCGCACCGAGCUCGUCCUUGCGGGAUUAGUAUUUGAUGACAAUGGCGACCUCGUCAAACCAAACUUUGGCGCCCAAGAUACUGUGCCGUUGAAACUAGGGAAGAAGAAGAAGGCGACGCCGGCGGCUUCGUCUGGUGAUGGUGCGGAAGCCAACGGUGUAACUGUCAACAUGCCAAUAGCCACCGACUCUAAACGGAAUGGGCAAGGCGCUGCUGUUCAGGGACUAGGAUUCGUCGAUUUCAGCGACGAUUUGGACCUUCCUCCUGAAGAUGACGACGAGCUGAUUGAUGAGGAGGCCCUGAUGGAUGAAGAGGAUAUGGGGCGACCGAUCGUCCAACCUCCAGAAUGCCGUCCAAAAGCCGGGAAGCGCCGAAGAGCCUGUAAAGACUGCACUUGUGGGCUUGCGGAAAGACUCCACGAAGAGGAUACGGCAAAACGUGCGAAUGCAGAUGCUGCGUUGGAAACGCUGAAACUCGGUUCCAAUGAUUUGGCUGAGGUCGACUUCACGGUCCAAGGAAAAAUGGGAAGCUGUGGCAAUUGUGCCCUGGGGGAUGCAUUCCGAUGCGACGGGUGUCCAUAUAUUGGCCUUCCCCCGUUCAAGCCCGGCGAGGAAGUCAGGCUUCUGAGCAAUGAUGUACAGUUGUGA